CCUGUCUCAACAGCAUCACAGUAUGAUGCGAGCAGCAGACUUUAGGACCCAGCCCACAGACACCUACUUCUCAGUUACGUCUAUAAUGUCAUACGUGCUGCUAGAGCCGGGUUCCGCUGGAAAUAACUGAAAUUUCAAGGUUGGAGAGCAUCGCUUUUCUUAAGAACAGAGGGGAGCAUCAUGGGUGGAGUGGCAUUGGAUGAGGGCAACAGUGGAGUUAAAGCCCCAGAUGGUGGCUGGGGUUGGGCUGUGCUCUUCGGGUGCUUCGUCAUCACAGGGUUCUCCUAUGCCUUUCCGAAGGCAGUAAGUGUUUUCUUUAAAGAGCUGAUAAGAGAGUUUGGUGUGGGCUACAGUGAUACAGCAUGGAUCUCCUCCAUCCUUCUGGCUAUGCUGUAUGGGACUGGGCCUUUAUGCAGUAUCCUAGUAAAUCGAUUUGGGUGUCGACCAGUGAUGUUGGUGGGUGGUCUCUUUGCAUCACUGGGGAUGAUUUUGGCAUCGUUUGCCACAAACAUCAUGCACAUUUACUUGUGUACAGGAGUCAUAACAGGUCUCGGUUUGGCUCUGAACUUCCAGCCAUCACUCAUUAUGCUAAAUCGAUAUUUCAGCAAGAAGCGACCGCUGGCUAAUGGUCUGGCAGCAGCCGGGAGCCCAGUGGCCCUGUGCUGUCUCUCCCCUCUGGGCCAGGUUCUUCAGUAUAAAUAUGGCUGGAGAGGGGGCUUCCUUAUCCUGGGGGGGAUCCUGCUGAACUGUUGUGCCUGCGGGGCCUUAAUGAGGCCUCUGAUCGCACCAAAGAAGACAGAGACUGCUGAGAUUGAAAACACACAUGAGGACACAGAGAAAAAAAUCAAACCAAAAUCGAAGUUGCUGGACUUUAGUGUUUUCAGAGAUCGCGGAUUUGUCAUUUACACCGUGGCUGCCUCCAUUAUGGUGCUUGGCUUGUUCGUGCCUCCGGUGUUUGUGGUGAGCUACGCCAAAGAGCUCGGAAAUGAAGACACAAAAUCUUCCCUCCUGCUUACCAUUCUGGGUUUCAUUGACAUUUUUGCACGGCCCACGUGUGGCAUCAUUGCAGGACUCAAGUGGGUCCGUCCACGCUGCGUCUACCUCUUCAGUUUCGCUCUAUUAUUCAAUGGCAUCACUGAUUUGGUGGGGUCCAUGUCUAAAGACUACAACUCUCUGGUGGUCUUCUGCAUCUUCUUCGGCAUCUCUUACGGCAUGGUGGGUGCCUUGCAGUUUGAGGUUCUUAUGGCUGUUGUGGGCACAGCGAAGUUCUCGAGCGCCAUUGGUUUAGUUCUCCUCCUCGAAGCCAUUGCUGUUCUGGUUGGACCUCCCUCUGCUGGGCGUCUCUUGGACUACACGAAGAAUUACAUGUACGUGUUCUUAAUCGCCGGGAUUGAAGUUGUGAUUUCUGGGGUAGUACUGGCCGUAUGUAACUUUCUGUGCAUAAAGAUGAAGAAGGAAGAAGCACCAGAAGCUGCAGCAGAGUCUGGAGAGGUCGAGGUGAAGAAUCAAUCCAGUAAGUUACCCACAGAGGAGCCACACAAUGCCAAUGGAAACUCCAAAAUGGACAAGCAAAUCGAUUUGAGUGAUUUGACACCUGAAAAUGUGGAUCCAACAGAGGUGGAAACGUUCCUCAAAGACAAAAAUGAGCAGAACGUUGCCUGUAGUACAAAAACUGACCCAUAACGGACAAAGACUUUUGACCGUCAUUGAUUAGGAAGAUAUAGCAGUAUUAUCGUAUGCCUUUAAGUAGUGGUGAUGUCCCUAAUGGGUGUGCAGGUUAAUAUAAAAUUUAUAUUACAGACCCACAAUGUUCUCAUGCCGUUCAUAUAAUUACAUUUUGUACCGCACUAAAUAGAGAUUUAGACCGGACAUCAUCUUUAUGCACUUUAGAGACAAAAGUACACAUAAUGCACAAAGCAGAUUUCCACUGAAUUUAACAAAGUGCAACAUGAACAUUAUUGCCGAACAGACUUCAAUAAAUGACUUGGUAUCACAGGAAGUGAAAGUCAGAUCCUCCUGCUCAAGUCUGAUACUAGAUAUCAGGCGACGCUUACUGUUCAAACAAUAUGCAACCUCAAUUUAGGUGCUAAUGUAAUUCUACAUACAUUUUACAGGGUUCUUAUUUAUAGAUCAUUACAUGUUCAGAGUACAAGCAAUAUGUCACAUACUUUGUUUUUGUGUGUUUAUUACGGUUUAGUAAAUAUGAUAAUGUCAUGGUUACAUGCAUUAAGAUCAAUAUUACAUUGCUUCCAAAUCAUAAAGCGUUUCAGAAAGCUACUGAUAACUGUAACCUUGUCCAUUGGCACCUGCUACCCACUGCCCUAAACUUAUUUACAUUAUAUAUGUAAUAUGUCUUAAAGUUCACAGGAGAGGCCUUUCUGCAUGGAGAUUGCAUGUUUUCCGAUGUACUCCCACAGUCCAAAAACAUUGGGGCCAGGGUUCACAGACAAGGCUUAGCUAAAGCCAGGACUAAGCCUUAGUUUCAUUAAGAUGUUUAAGAAUUUUUUUAAAAAAAUGCAUAAAUAAUAUGUUACUGAUGUGAUCUUAAGACAAAUCAGUGGCACUGGCAUAUUUUAAGAUCUGUAUGUGAGAGUUAUUUUCAGUUGAGAUAGCUCAAACGUGUAUUAGUCUAGGCCUUGUCUGUGAAUCCGGGGGUGGGGAUGUGAAAUUGUUAAACAGUUUCCACCCUGAACGUAGCCAAAAAUGCUGGAAAGGCAUUAAGAAAUAAAUAAUUCAUCAGGACAGAAAUAGGUCAAGCUCCGGUUUCUUGAAGUGGAAUGUGAUAGUAUAAGAAUGGGUCAAUAUUAUUUGUACUGUAAAUUUAAUUUCUGCCAAUCUGUUGGUACAUUUCUCAACUGCUACAGGAUUUUAACUUUUUACUGCUAUGCUGAUUUUCUAAUAGUGUUUAGUGAGAGAGCAGGCAUCUCUGCAUUUAUGACUACAUAUUUAUAUAAAUUAUCCUUUUAAGCAAUAUUUUUUAAGCAAAUGAAAUUGAGUACAUUAAAACUCAGAUAAAGAGCCUAAAAUGACAAACUUGCAUGCAGUUUAUUUCCUCAUCUUGUUGUAAAGGGAAUGAGGUCUGACAGGACUGUCCAGUGGCAUUGUUCUAAUUUUAUACUAGGAUUAAGCAGGGAGAUUUCUCAAUCUUGCCCCCCCCCAAAUGUUUCCUAGACAAAACUAUAUGCCACCUUAAAGAUUUGUAUUUUGUAUAUAAGGCAUUUCGUUAAUAUGACAAGAACAGCACUAGAAUCAAUGUCCAAGCAGAUAUAGCAGCUAAAACUAUAUAAACUGUGAAAAUGUAUUUUUGUUCAUUUCUAGUGUGCCUGUUUUUAAUUUGGCAUUUGUACAUACAUUUUACUUAUACAGGUAAUAGUUUCAGCUUUCAGAAUAACCUAAGACCUCACCUAUAUCUGCUGAAAACACCAAAUGUGCUUAAUAAAUGUUAAACACACAAAUUAUU